CCUCCCCGUGCCGUGGCUCUGCGCCUGCGCAGUGCGCCCCGAACUGAGAGGUAGAGAAGGGGCUCGAGCCUCCGCACGGUGACAACAAGCAGCGGGGGAACAAAACCGGAAUAAAACAGCGAAUACCAGCAGGAUCCACCGUCAGCAAACACACCGGGGAGACACCGGACAUCCACCGGGAUUACACCGGGCAAACAGCGGGAGAGAAGGCGGCCCGAGAGCGGAGACAGGCGGGGGUCUGUGGCCCGGGAGCCCGGCUGUCUGUCCGCCUGCAGACGACAGUUUGGAUGUAACGGCCGGUGAGCGGACACCAACAUGUCCCCUCAGUGGCCCCGUGUCCCAGUGGCUCUGGUCCUGGUCCUGGUUCUGGUCCUGGUCCUGCCCGGCCCGGCAUGGACGGCCCGCUCCGACAGGACCAUGGUGUCGGAGGAGUACGUGGGCGCCACGGUGAACGCCACGGUGCUGGACGCCCGGGGCAACCCGGUGCACAUGAUGAGCAGCGACGACGGGACGUACGGACAGGACUCGCCCAAAGUGGACACCCGCAGCGCCAGGGUCAUCGCCCCGGCAACGCACCACGGAGUGGUGGACCGGCAGGGCUGCGACCCGGCCACCAGGUUCCUGGUCCCGCCCCGGAGCGGCCACUGGGUGGCGCUGCUGCAGAGAGGGAACUGCACCUUUAAGGAGAAGAUCCUGAAAGCUGCCGCGUACAACGCCACAGCUGUCCUCAUCUACAACAACUCCACAGACAAGACCGUACGCAUGGGACACGAAGGUACGGGGGACACGGUGGCGGUGAUGAUCACCGAGGCGUACGGGAGGGAGAUCCUGGCCCAGCUGGAGAGGAACCUGACGGUUCUGGUCUCUGUGGUGGUGGGUCAGCGCGGUCCCCCCAAGAACAUCAACCGGGGCUCGCUGGUGUUCGUGUCCAUCUCGUUCAUCGUGCUGAUGAUCAUCUCCUCGGCCUGGCUCGUCUUCUACUUCAUCCAGAAGAUCCGCUACAGCAGCGCUCGGGACCGCAGCCAGCGUCGUCUUGGCGACGCCGCAAAGAAAGCCAUCGGGAAGUUGACCACGAGGACGGUGAAGAAAGGAGACAAGGUGGGGGGGGCUCUGUUAAUUAUAGAGUGUGUCCGCAUCCUGCCCUGCAAACAUGUCUUCCAUAAGGUGUGUGUGGACCCCUGGCUGAAUGAACACUGCACCUGUCCGAUGUGUAAACUCAACAUCCUCAAAGCUCUCGGCAUCAUGACCAGCGUGCCCUGCGUGGACAGCGUGGUGUUGGACGUGGAGCGUCUCGGCGUCAGCGCGGCGUCCGGCAGCCAGAGGGCGCCGCCGGGCAACAGCGGGCAGCCGUCCAUCAGCCUGGAGCCGCUCAGCCCCCCCCACCCCGAGGCCCCGCCCAGAACGCCUGCUGACAUCACCAUCGCCGUGACCAGCGGCGGCCACUUCUUCAGCAGGAACUCGCUGGUCUGUGAGAUGGAGCUGCCGGACAUCCAGGCUGAGGUUGGUCGCUAUGACGACAACAAGUCCUGAGAGGGGUCACCACGGUUACCCCCCCCCCCACCCCACCCCAGACGGACGGAAACAACAACCAGACGGACCUUUAAACAUCAUUUAAUCUUCAGACUGAACAUGGUCUGGGUCUGGGUCUGGGCCUGAGCCUGGGCCUUUGUCUGGGUCUGGGCCUGAGCCUGGGCCUUUGUCUGGGUCUGGACCUGGGUCUGGGUCUGGGUCUGAGCCUGGGUCUGGGCCUGGGCCUGGGUCUGGGUCUGGGUCUGGGUCUGGGUCUGAGCCUGGGUCUGGGUUGCAUUUCUUUAGUAGAAACAUUAUCUCGACAUACCUGUCUGGUCGUUCAGUGUUUCUGAAGUCAAUAAUCCUGAGAACUGGAGUCCAGAUCCAACUCCGGCCCAGGAACCAGAACUAUCUUCUUCAGCUAGGCCCGGACGUAAAGUUCUGGUUCUGCUGGAGAAUGUUCUUUGGAGCCAUGUUUUUGUGAAAAGUUCUUGAGAUCCUAAAGAGGUAGGAACCCAAACGGUUCUUGAAGGUUUCGGAGCACCGAGAAGGUUCUGGGGGGUUCCUAAUACACAUACUGGUUCCUACAAAGUUCUGGAAAUGGGUCAGAACAUUUGUACCUGGGACCCGAAUGGACCUGAACGCAUCAGGAAGAGACCCUGGCAGGUUUCUGUCGAGACAUUUUAAACUGUGGAACCGGACUUUGGGUCCGUCUGUAGUUCCUGGCGAACGGGUCAGAACAUGUGUACCUGGGACCCGAAUGGACCUGAACGCACCAGGACUCUUAAUGCACCCUGAAACCUUUCUGUCUGUGGACUCUCAUGACAUUUGGAAAUCAGAAACCUGACCCUCUGAUUGGCCAACUGAGGAUGACAGACGUUUGUGGGUCCAAUCAGAGCCUGGAGAGUCUGUGUGCAGACCGGAACCAGAACCAAAAGGAAGACCUGGACCCGGUGUAACAGUGUUAGCUCCCCUGUAGCCUCAACGCGUCUCUGCAGAGCUCGGAGACGUUUUAAAGAUUUAAAGGAGCAGUCCCACAUUUCAGAGACACUUAAAGUCCAGACCAAUCAGAAGACUGUCUUCACUUCCCGUGGCCAAUCAGAGCAAAGCACCUUUCUUAAUGUUAGUCAUCAUUACCAUUGUUAAGGAACAACUCAUUUCACCUACUGGAGAAAGUUCUGGAGAUCUUACACAUGUAAUCAGACUGAAUAAUCAGGCAGAAAUCAUCUCUGCAGAUCUUAAACAUGUGAUCAGACUGACUAAUCAGGCAGAAAUCACCUCUGGAGAUCUUAAACAUGUAAUCAGACUGAAUAAUCAGGCAGUAAUCAUCUCUCUGGAGAUCUUAAACAUGUAAUCAGACUGAAUAAUCAGGCAGAAAUCACCUCUGGAGAUCUUAAACAUGUGAGCAGACUGAAUGAUCAGGCAGAAAUCAUCUCUGGAGAUCUUAAACAUGUAAUCAGACUGAAUAAUCAGGCAGAAAUCACCUCUGGAGAUCUUAAACAUGUAAUCAGAUUGAAUAAUCAGGCAAAAAUCACCUCUGGAGAUCUUAAACAUGUGAUCAGAUUGAAUAAUCAGGCAGAAAUCACCUCUGGAGAUCUUACACAUGAAACUAAACAUUACUUUAUCAUACAGCUGCCUGACUCCCUCAAUGUCUGUGUGCGCGUGUGUGUGUGUGUGUGUGUGUGUGUGUGUGUGUGUGUGUGUGUGUGUGUGUGUGUGUGUGUGUGUGUGUGUGUGUGUGUGUGCGUGUGUGUGUGUGUGCUUAAAGGUUCCUGUGUUCCAGAAAACAGAUGCUAGCUGCUGCUAACAGAUUCUAGUCGCUGCUAACAGAUGCUAGCUGCUGCUAACAUGCUAGCUGCUGCUAACAGAUUCUAGCUGCUGCUAAUGGAUGCUAGCUGCUGCUAACAGAUUCUAGCUGCUGCUAACAGAUGCUAGCUGCUGCUAACAGAUUCUAGUCGCUGCUAACAGAUUCUAGCUGCUGCUAAUAUGCUAGCUGCUGCUAACAGAUUCUAGCUGCUGCUAACAGAUUCUAGCUGCUGCUAACAGAUUCUAGCUGCUGCUAAUGGAUGCUAGCUGCUGCUAACAGAUUCUAGCUGCUGCUAACAGAUGCUAGCUGCUGCUAACAGAUUCUAGUCGCUGCUAACAGAUUCUAGCUGCUGCUAACAUGCUAGCUGCUGCUAACAGAUGCUAGCUGCUGCUAACAGAUUCUAGCUGCUGCUAACAGAUGCUAGCUGCUGCUAACAGAUGCUAGCUGCUGCUAAUGGAUGCUAACCUGUCUGGUGGCUCUUAGAGUGUCUCCUGAAGUGACGGACUGCUCCUUUAACGUGUAUUAAACAGCUUCUGAAUUACUCAGCCUGUAAUAAUCAGCUCGGUGAAUAUAUAAACAGCAUUAUACAAUCUAUAACCUGAUGAAUAUUAACUCUGGAGUGACCUGAGGGAUGCUUUCAGUUCACUGUGUCUCCUACUGCCUCAUUAACGUGUCAUUAACGUGUCAUUAACGUGUCAUUAACGUGUCAUUAAAGUGUCAUUAUGCCUUUAA